AUGAUUAAACUAUUUAAAGUAAAGGAAAAACAAAGAGAACUUGCAGAAAAUACCAGUAAUGGAGUACCUGUCAAGAAGCAAAGUGCUGGCGAGCUGCGUCUUCACAAAGAUAUCAGUGAGCUGAAUCUACCAAAAUCUUGUACCAUGCAAUUCCCCAAUGGCAAAGAUGACCUAAUGAACUUCGAAGUUUUAAUUCGACCUGAUGAUGGAUAUUACCUAGGUGGCACUUUUUUGUUUUCCUUCCAUGUGUCUCCCAUCUAUCCACAUGAAGCACCCAAGGUGAAGUGCAAGACAAAGGUCUACCAUCCAAAUAUUGAUUUGGAAGGCAAUGUGUGUCUGAACAUCUUAAGAGAAGACUGGAAACCUGUCCUGAAUAUAAACACUGUUAUCUAUGGCUUGUAUCAUCUCUUUACGGAGCCAAAUUACGAGGAUCCCCUGAAUCAUGAUGCAGCUGCUGUGUUGAGAGAUAACCCAAAGAUGUUUGAAUCUAAUGUGAGGAGGGCAAUGUCUGGUGGGUAUGUGGGGCAAACCUUUUUCCCACGCUGUAUGUAA